AUGGAUUAUAUAACAUUCAGUUAUCUUUUCCGUUUUAAUCAUUUAUUUUCUCAUCCAAAAAAGAAAUGUUUUGUAUGCUAUGGGAAAGAAAAUCUUUGUCGUCUAUCUCUCUCUUUGUUUCAUUUAUUCUCUUCUUCAUCUGGAUCUAUAAAUUCAAAAUGGCAGAAAAUAAGGAUAUUGACAGUUGCUUCAAGUUCUUCUUCACAUCUUAAUGUCUAUUUCAAUGCCAUCUAUCUAUUAUCUAUAAAUUCUUACAUUCUAUUUAAUCUUCUCUUUCUUCUUUUCCCUAUUAGGAGAGUAUCUAUCUAUCUAUCUAUCUCUUCUUUAUCUAUCUAUCUAUCUAUCUUUCUAUCUAUCUAUUGUAUCUAUAUAUAUAUCUAUCUUCUUCAUAUAUAUUUAUCUUCAUCUUUCUUAUUGCUUUCAUUAUCUUUAGUUUCUUCAUCUGUCUAUAGAUUGUCUUCUUCAUCCAUAUAUCUAAAUAUCUUAACAGUUCUAUCUCUUUUCUUUUUUCAAACUAUCCAUUCUUCUAUCUAUCUAUCUCAGAUUCUUGUUCACUGCCUAUCUAUCUAUCUAUCUAUCUAUUUAUCUAUCUAUUCUUUCUUUCUAUCCCGUAUUUCUCUAUUUUUCAUCUGUGAGAAAUAUCUCAGUUUCACUUCUUUAUCUAGGACUGAUCUAUCUAUCUAUCUAGCUUAUUUUCUUUGUUUCUCUUUUUCAAGUCUCUUCUAUCUAUAUCUAUCUUUGUUUCUUUGUCUCUUCAUUCAUCUGUCUAUCAUGUCAGCAUUCAAAAUUAUCUAUCUAUCAUAUAACAGUUCAUCUUUUUCUUUGUUUCUGUUGCUUCCAAUUUCUUCUUCAUCUCUAUUCAAUUUCACUGCCAUAUCUAUCUCAUCUUUUCAUUUUCUAUUUUCUUUUCUUUAUUGUUUCAGUCUAUUCUUCAUCUGUGAGGAGUAUUCAAUCCAUCUUCAUCUAUCAGUUCUCUCCUUUUCUUUGUUAUUCCCUCUUCUUCAUCUGUGA